CAAAUAUUUUAUAAACAAAACAGUUUAAACGUGUUCAAUCAUUUUAACAGAUCUCCUGCUAUAUUAAACCGAUUUGCCAUGGCCUAUACGUUUUCAACAGUUAAUUGCCGCUUGUUUAAUACAAAAUUAGCAUGAGUUGUGGAUAUUACAAUGUUCUUAAUCAAAGAAUUGAUUUUUGUAAUGUAUUGACUAACUAAGAAAUAAAUGGAAAGCUAUUGUUAUUUUUUUGUAUCUUACAGAUAAAAUCAUUUUAUAGAGAGUUUCCGUCUUUUGGGUGCAUAAUUUUGCGCUUCUUCUUCCAGUUUUGCUCGUUGGCAGUUUGAAGCCACCGAUAUCAUUGUUGUUGCGGCGGUUCUUGCACCGCAUAUAUAUUUUCCAUUUUAUCACCCAUUCCACCACUUCCGUAUGUGGGCCACUCACCAGGGGGCGGGGUAUUAUGCAGAGAGUGGGGGAUAUGCUGAUUCCAGAGCUCUGCACGCAGAGAAAAUGCAGCUAGUUGUCUAGGAAAAAUUUCAACUUCAUUUGGUAUUGCCUUUGUAAGAGCCAAUCUAUGUAAAUGUAAAGGUCUAUGAAUAUAUCAAACUGAUAUAAGAAAAGUUUUCAAAAAUAUACAAUACAACAAUACAACAACAGCAUAUAUAGGAAAAUUAAAUAAUUUUAAAAAACAUUAAAGGAUUGUUUCGAUUAAAUGCUGCAUCUUAAAAUAGGAAUAUUUACUAAAUCCAAUAUCUUGUUUUUUAUCGCAAAGGAACCAUUUUUUUUUUUUGCUGUGUAACGCUCUUUUUAUCCACUCUCUCUCGUUUCAAUUGGCGAUAAGCUCGGCUCUCGCGGAUGUGGCUGUUGUUGUUGUUGCUGCCGCUGCUGCGCUGCAAGUGAAAUUUCGCCGGAUUUAUUUUAUUCGUACUUCCCCCGUCGCUAUUUCGAUUUCAGUUUUGUUGUGCUCGGCGAGCGGAGCGGUGUGCGGUGCACACACACAUGGGCAGGCUCAGAUACACGAAUAAAAAAAUAAAACAAAAAACAAUAUAAAAGCGGGCGGCGUAGCCGAGGAAACCGUUAGAAAGGAACGAUGCGGUUCAGCGGCUACAACCGUUAUCAGCGCUUCAGCUUCGCAUUAGGCUCGCUUUUGCUCUGCUUCGCGGUCGGCGCUGCGUUAACGCGGGCAGAUGAAGUCGACAGCGACGUCGACGGCGGCAGCGUCAGCAGAAAGUGGGUCUGCAGUCGGACGGACAUCUGCACCUCGGAGGCGGAAAAGGUGGCCGGACUGCAGUACGGACCGGAGUUGUUCGAGAGCCAGAAGGACUGCCGCCUCUCCUGCGGGAAGUUCGGCGCCAUCUGGCCGAUGCCGACCGGCCAGGAGUGCUCCAUCGCGCACGGACGCGUGCGGUUCGAUCCGUGGCGGGUGCGGUUCCGAGUGGCGGCGCCCGGGGAGGCGGCCACCCAGUUCCUGCGCGAGACGAACCGCCUGUUCGUGACCAAUCUGCUGAAGGAGUGCAUCCGCAACUGCACGCUGGCGGAGAGCAAGCAGAUCCUGGUCAGGUCGACGGUGGCCAACGAGAGCCUGCUCCUCGACUGGUCCACCGACGAGAGCUACGCCAUGGUGGUCCGCUCCACGGACACCGCCACCUUUGUGGACAUCCAGGCGGAGACGGUCUACGGUGCUCGCCACGCCUUCGAAACGCUGAGCAACCUGGUCACCGGGAGCCUCUCCAACGGUCUGCUGAUGGCCGCCUCGGCGAACAUCAGCGAUCGCCCCGCCUUUCCGCAUCGCGGAGUGCUCCUGGACACGGCGAGGAACUUCGUCCCGCUGAAGUUCAUCCGGAGCACGUUGGAUGCGAUGGCGGCCAGCAAGUUGAAUGUGCUCCACUGGCACGUGGUGGACACGCACAGCUUCCCGCUGGAGAUCACUAGGGUGCCGGAGAUGCAGCGGUACGGGGCGUACUCCUCCUCGCAGACCUACUCCCGCCAGGAUGCACUCAAUCUGGUGAAGUACGCCCGGCUGCGCGGCAUCCGCAUCCUGAUCGAGAUCGAUGGUCCCUCGCACGCGGGCAACGGAUGGCAGUGGGGUCCGGCCGCCGGAUUGGGCAACAUGUCCGUGUGCCUGAACCAAUCGCCCUGGAGGAGAUUCUGUGUGCAGCCGCCGUGUGGCCAGCUGAAUCCGCUGAACGAUCACAUGUACGCCGUGCUGAAGGAGAUCUUCGAGGACGUGGCCGAGGUGGGGGCACCCGAGGAGACCCUCCACAUGGGCGGCGACGAGGUGUUCCUGCCCUGCUGGAACAACACCGACGAGAUCCGCGACGGGAUGCGGGCCCGCGGCUUCGAUCUCAGCGAGCAGAGCUUCCUCCGCCUGUGGUCGCAGUUCCAUCAGCGGAACCUCAACGCCUGGGACGAGAUCAACGAGCGGAUGUAUCCGGGCGUCAAGGAGCCCAAGUCGGUGAUCAUCUGGUCCAGCCACCUCACCAAUCCCAAGUACAUCGAGGCGUACCUGCCCAAGGAGCGGUUCAUCAUCCAGACGUGGGUGGAGUCGCAGGACGCGCUCAAUCGGGAGCUGCUGCAGAAGGGCUACCGCCUGAUCGUGUCCACCAAGAAUGCCUGGUACCUGGACCACGGAUUCUGGGGCAGCACCUCCUACUACAACUGGCGCACGGUGUACUCCAGUGGCAUGCCACUCGGACGCAGCCGGGACCAGGUUCUCGGCGGCGAGGUGUGCAUGUGGAGCGAGUACGUCGAUCAGAAUUCGCUGGAAUCGCGCAUUUGGCCGCGGGCAGGAGCAGCCGCCGAACGUUUGUGGUCGAAUCCGAAGUCGUCGGCGGUGUUGGCGCAGCGGAGGUUCUAUCGCUAUCGGGAGCGACUCCUGGCCAGGGGCAUCCAUGCGGACGCGGUCAUACCCCACUGGUGCGUCCUCCACGAGGGACAGUGCCUUUGAUCCAGUUUAGCAGCAGCAGCAGCAGCAGCAGCAGCAGCAGCAGCAGCAGCACGUUGUACAUACCUUUCCGUGAAUGUUACUCUAUUCAUCAGCUAUUGCCCCAUAAAGAUAAAGAUCUGUUUUUAAUCCAAA